AUGUUUGAGCAUGCUUCAGACAUAGAUGCUCUGAUCAUUCCUGGAGGGUUUGCACCGGACUACUGGAGACGGGACCAACGCAUCCUAGACCUUGUGCGGAAGAUAGACAAAGCAAGAAAGGUCCUCGCGUCCGUAUGUCACGGACCCUGGGUGCUCAGUUCCGCCAAGGUUAUACGUGGACGAAAGGUCACCUGCUUCAAAGCCAUUAUCGAUGACGUCGUGAACGCUUGCGCGAAUUAUUCCGACGCACCUGUGGUUGUGGAUAUGAAUAUGGUCACGUCAAGAGAACCUAAAGAUUUGCCGGAAUUCUGUAAAGCGUUAAUUUCACUCCUUAAGUAG